GCGUGUAUCCGUCAGUGUGAUUUAGAUGUACGAGAUAGCGAGGGCCCGAAGGAUCGGUCAGUUGUCGUAAUUGGGCUCUGCAAUGGCAAAAGUCGAUAAUUUCGAGUGAAACAGACCGAUCACCCUGUGCUGGGUCGCGGAAAGGUAAAAAGACAAAAAAGUAGAAUAAAGUUCGCGAAAGUGGGUGCUUUCAUGUGGAAUGCGAAGAAAGAGAAACCGGAUUCGACAUAUUCAUCGUUGAAAAAUAAUUAAGGUUUCAUAUAGGGCGACUACAGAGAAAUUGUAGAAAGAUGGCUGAGCAGGUUGACCUACUGACCCUCAUUCGAUUGUCAGGUAUCGAAGAGAGAAAGAGGGAGAGAGCGCCGUGCCGGUUCUUCGUUGAAAGGAAGGGGGGAAUGCUUUCAAUAUGCGGUGCGAAGCAGCAAGUCCUUCUUUUAUUUCUGAUUCAAUUUAUCGUAAUCGUGCUAAUAGGCACGCUCACAACGUACGGACCUGAGGCACGUGCUAAUGUGAUCAGAAACCAUUCGGGUUCAAGUAAGAAGGAAAAGACAUCUCUGGAAGAUGAUCCACUACGUAUUUAUCCCAUGUACCAAGAUGUUCACGUGAUGAUAUGGAUUGGUUUCGGUUUCUUAAUGACGUUUCUGCGAAGAUAUGGACAAAGUGCAAUUGGACUGACUUUCCUGAUCGGUGCAGUUUUAGUCCAAGUUGCAUUAUUAUGCGAUGGUGUUUUAAAUAUUGGGAAGAAUGGCCAGGCACCUUUAUCUCUUCAAGGAUUGCUUAGUGCAGAUGUUGCAGUAGCAGCGCCCCUAAUAUCCAUGGGAGCCGUUUUAGGCAAAACAACGUAUAUGGAGCUCAUCAUCAUGGGAAUAAUUGAGCUGAUCAUGUACACGGCAAACAAAUACAUCGGCGAACAUCACUUGAUGGCUGUUGAUGCUGGCGACAGCAUGUACGUUCACGUAUUCGGGGCUUACUUCGGAUUAGCAGUCAGUUUUGUUUUUGGAGUGAAGGAUAAGCCGAAGGAACAUCGCCUUGAAGGGGCUACUUACCAGUCAGACAUAUUCGCGAUGAUUGGGACGAUAUUUCUUUGGCUCUUCUGGCCAUCCUUCAACAGCGCAUCUUUAAAAGGUGAUGAUCAGCAGAGGGCGACAAUAAAUACGUUACUAUCGAUUGCUGCAAGCUGCGUAAUUUCAUUUGCUGUAUCUGCUUUUGUUUCUAAAGAAAAUAAAUUUAACAUGGUACACGUUCAGAAUUCCACUCUCGCUGGUGGCGUCGCAAUCGGUACAGCAGCUGGUAUGAUGUGUGAACCAAUCGGAGCUCUGGCCAUAGGUUGCAUUGCUGGCGUACUCAGCGUUCUUGGAUACAAGUACCUCACGCCUUUGAUCCAAAAGAAACUAAGGAUUCAUGACACAUGUGGUGUACAUAACCUGCACGGUAUGCCUGGGGUAUUAGCUGGAAUUUUUGGAGCUUUAAUGGCAGGGAUUGCUACAGAAAAUGCGUACAAUUAUUCUCUCUAUGAGAUUUUUCCUGCACGAGCUCCAAGUGACGAAGUAAGACUCGCAGAGAUGAGAGACAAUUAUAAUAUAUCACCGGGACUGAAUAGAACAGCCGCACAACAAGCAGGGUAUCAAUUGCUAGCCCUUGUGAUUUCUAUGGUGAUAGCAAUUGUUUCCGGAUUAGUGACCGGUUUGAUAUUACAACUGUCGAAAUGUGGAUCGAUAAAAGAAGAAGAAAAAUUCGACGACGCGGCACAUUGGGAACUCGAAAAAGAAUCAAUAAAUGAAGUAUCAAUGCAAUCAGAAGGAACGCAGGAUCAAUUACCAAUGGGUCAAAUUUGAAAACUCACACCUCCUCUUUUACAUUUUAAAUAAGUACAGUGAAACAAUUCCAUAGCCCUCCCUUCUAUAGCCAUUACCCAUUCUCAGAAUUGAUGCCGCGCCGUAGGUAGGUAUAACAGGAACUGCACGGGGGGCGCGGGGUCUGCGGUUGUCACUCAGGCGAGCAGUCAAGCGUGAACAAACAAAAGCGGAGCAGGCUACAAUGAGUUAGUUCUCACUCACCGUUAGCCCCAAAAUCGUUGCUAUGAAAGAGUUUCACUGUAUUUAUAUAGGCAUGUGAUACUUAGAAAACGAUAGAUUUGACCAGUUUUAGGAUCCCCUGAAUUUUUUCCUAGAAUUAUAAAUAUGUUGUCUUAACCCCUUCGUUGGCAGAGAGAAUUCGACAAAAAGUGCUGAAAAUGGCAGGAAUUUUUGUUAUCCUAAAAAUUUGUAUCCUCGUGUUUUUAAAGUCGUUGAAUCCGAAUCUAAAGUCAAAAAUGGAGGAUCCAAUAUGGCGGACGAAAAUACAAAAAACGGUUUGAUUUGGAUAAAUCUUGGAGCUUACGGUGUUUUGGGCACGCCGAAUCCGAAUUUGAAGUUCAAUUUUGAGAAUUCAAAAUGGCGCAUCCUACUACUCCGUUUCGUAAAUUCUCCGAAGCCAACAGUAGGAUCUACUGUGUAUGGUUUAGUCUGUCCAUUUUGAAUUUUCCAAUUUUAAAGUACCAUAAUUUAUUCAAAUCGAGCCGUUUUAUGUAUUUUUGUCCGUUAUUUUAAAUUUUCAAAUUUUUAUUUCAGAUUCGGAUUUAGCGACCCUAAAACCCCGUAAGUGCCGAGAUUUGUACAACUUAAGCCCUUUUUUAGUCCACGAUAUUGGAUCCGCCAUUUAAAACCUUUGAAUUUUGACUUCAAAUUCGAAUUAAACGACUCCAAAAACCCGUAAGUACCGAGAUUUAUCCAAAUCGAGCCGUUUUUUGUAUUUUCGUCCAUCAUAUUGAAUCCGCCAUUUUGAAUUUUGACUUCAGAUUCGGAUUCAGCGAACCCAAAAACCCCCGAGCAGGACUUACAUGCAAAAUCGGAGUAAGUUAAAUAGAAAAAAGAAAAUUUUGACGCAUUUUGCGUCAAUGCCAACGAAGGGGUUAAGAAUUUGGGAAAUGAUAGCGAAGAUGCUAACGG